AACAACCAUCGAACUGAUCCGAUCGGCAUCAUCGCAGCACAUAUGCUCCAGCCCCUUUCUCAGACUCUCAGUUCUCCAACUCCAAGUCCAACCCGGCAACCCCCAUUGCCCUGCGUCGCCUCCUCCCCCCCGCCGCUAAUUGCUCUGUCUUGACCUCUUUGACCAAAUGGCCAUGGCCGCGCUCAGACGAGAGGGGAGGCGUCUCGCGCCUCUGAUCUCCCCCCAAUCAAUCACUGCUGUCCGAUCCUCUCUCAUCUCUCAGGAGCAGGCCCCCCUGGGAUUGCGCUCAAUCUCAACUCAGAUUGUCAGAAACCGGAUGAAGAGUGUGAAGAAUAUCCAGAAAAUUACAAAGGCAAUGAAAAUGGUUGCAGCUUCGAAGCUUAGAGCGAUUCAAGUUAGAGCUGAAAACUCACGUGGCCUGUGGCAGCCAUUUACUGCCCUUCUUGGUGACACUCCCAGUGUUGAUGUGAAGAAGAAUGUCAUUGUUACCAUUUCUUCAGACAAAGGUCUUUGUGGUGGAAUCAACUCUACAUCAGUCAAGACAAGCAAGGCUCUGAAGAAGUUGACUGCUGGCCCCGACAAAGAAACAAAAUACGUUGUUUUGGGGGAAAAAGCAAAAGCUCAAUUGAUACGUGACUCGAAGAAGGAUAUCGAGUUAUCCAUAACUGAGUUGCAAAAGAAUCCUUUGAAUUAUACGCAGGUCUCUGUUCUGGCAGAUGACAUUUUAAAGAAUGUUGAAUAUGAUGCCUUGAGGAUUGUCUUCAACAAGUUCCAGUCAGUUGUCUCAUUUCUUCCCACUGUGGCAACUGUUUUAUCUCCUGAGGCUGUGGAGAAAGAGGCUGAAUUUGGGGGAAAGCUUGGUGAACUAGACUCCUAUGAGAUUGAAGGUGGUGAAACAAAGUCAGAAGUACUCCAGAAUCUUGGGGAGUUCCAAUUCUCUUGUGUCUUGUUCAAUGCGGUGUUGGAGAAUGCGUGCAGUGAACAAGGAGCAAGGAUGUCUGCUAUGGAUAGCUCAAGCAGAAAUGCAGGCGACAUGCUUGAUCGACUCACCCUCACUUACAACAGAACUCGACAAGCAUCUAUUACUACCGAAUUGAUUGAGAUUAUAUCUGGAGCAUCAGCCCUUGAGGGCUAAUUGCAGAAACCCUACUUGUAAUUUAUCAGACGGUGAUGAAAUAACAUGGAAGUGGGGGCUUUCCUUGAACUUCAUGGUGCUAGUUUCUGAAGAGUUUUUCCUCUUUUUUUUUUGGUCAAGCUACUCCAAUAAUUACCCAGGGUUAAUCUCCUUACUCGGAGUGUUAAAUCAUAUUUUUUGAUGGUUUUAAACUUUCAAUUGAAUUGUGAUUCUGCUCGUUUUCAA